AUGGAUAUUAUUUUUUGUACACCUACAUAUUGUAAAAUCAUGUUAAUGAUAAUAAUGUUAAUUUCUUUAAGGACCCGAUGUGAUACGAACAAUUUUCUGAAUUGUUCAGUAGAAAAAGAAGAAGGAGAAGAAGAAAUUAUAUCGACUAAUUUAAAAAGGAUAAAUGAUGAUAUGAACAUAUUAGGUCGUAUAUUGAAUGAUGAAAGAAAUAUAAAAAUAACUGACAUUGUAGAAAUGUUACAAAAUGAAUAUGAUGAUAAAAAAAAAAAAAAAAAAAAAAAAAAAUAUAUAUAUAGGAAAAAAAAAAGUAAUAAUAAAAUAAAUGAAAUUAAUUCAGUACAACAUUUUAAUGUUAAAGAAAAUAUAUUAAAUGAAAAAAAAAAGAAUCCAUUAAAUGAUAACUUUAAAAACCCAAAAUUAAGAAAGCAUUCUCCAAAUAAUAAAAAGAACAAAAACAAAAUUGGACAAAUUAAAUUUCAUAUUGUUGGUUAUGAUAAAAAAAAAAUAACGAAAUAUCUUACACCUUCUAUGAUAAGUUCAAUUCAAAAGCGUUUAAUGAACAAAAAUAAAAAAACAAAUGUAAAUGUAAAUAUGUCUAAUGGGAGAGUCUUGCCCUUUUUUCCAAAGGAAUAUUUCCUACACUCAUCGACACAUGAAAAGAAAGACAAAAUGGCCACAAAGAAGAAUAAUAAAGAAGAGUCUAUAAUAAAUGAAAGACUUUUAGAAAAUUUAGAAAACAUAUCUUUGAGUCGUACCAUAAAAGAUAUCCGAGGGGAAGAAGGAAAUGAAAGAAAAGUAAAAGAAGAAGAUAAUAAUAUAAAAGAGGAAGGUAAUUCAUUUAAAAAAUAUUUCAAAGGUGUUGUAAAAUUAUAUGUGGAUAUAACAGAACCUAACCUUGAAAUGAUAUGGCAGAAUUAUCCACCUAAAAGCAUAACAGGAUCGGGGUUUAUUAUUGAGGGUCAUCUAAUUAUAACCAAUGCUCACAAUAUUUCCUAUAGUACCAGGAUAUUAAUAAGAAAGCACGGAAAUUCCGGAAAAUAUGAGGCGAAGAUUUUGUACGUUGCUCAUGAUGUAGAUAUAGCAAUCCUUACUACUGACGAUAAAACUUUUUUUGAUGAUGUGUAUGCUCUUCAUUUUGGAGCUCUCCCUUCAUUAAAAGAUGAAAUUAUAACUAUCGGUUAUCCAGCGGGGGGGGAUAAGUUAAGUGUAACAGAAGGUAUUGUAAGUAGAAUAGACGUGCAGUAUUAUAAACAUUCAAAUUAUAAAUUUUUGUUAACCCAAAUAGAUGCCCCUCUGAACCCAGGAAAUAGCGGAGGUCCAGCUCUUGUCAGAGGGAAAGUUGUAGGUAUAUGCUUUCAAUCCUACAAGGUUUCUAAUAAUAUAUCUUACAUUAUACCUAGUACUAUAAUUAGUCACUUUCUUUUAGAUAUACAUAAAAAUAAAGACUAUACAGGAUACGCUUUUUUGGGAGUCAAGUACGAACCUCUGGAAAACCCUUCCCUACGUGAAGCCUUAGGGUUAGAAGAAAUGGAAAGAAAAAAAAUAAUAAAAAAAAACGUUGGGAUAUUGAUAACGGAGGUAUUUGAAGGUCAUAUGAGUAAACAAGAUGAUAAAUAUCAUGAUAUGGAUAAUAAACACCACAAUGUUGGUGAUACACACCACAAUGUUGGUGAUACACACCACAAUGUUGGUGAUGAUCAUACAGAUAACCUUCAGGGGGAUACAGACUAUUGCACAUAUAUUUUGAACUCAAACAUUAUUACGAGUGAUAAAAAAAAUAUAUAUAGUGAUAAAAAAAAAAAAAAAAUAUAUAGUGAUAAUAAUAAUAAUAAUAAUAAUUUUAAUUAUUAUUAUAAUAUGCAUGGUGAGGAUGAACAAAGUUGCUAUGGUCUAAAAAAGAACGACAUAAUUCUGAGGGUAGAUGGUAAGGAUAUCAACAACGAUGGAUCCGUAAUACUAAGGGACAACGAAACGGUAGGUUUUCAACAUUUAUUUAAUGAGAAAUUUAUAAACGAUUUAUGUAUAAUUAAAAUAGUAAGAAAUAAAAAAAUAAAAAGUGUUAUGGUAAAAUUAUAUAAAGUAAAAUAUUUAUUAAAUCAACAUAAUUGGGACAAACGAAAUAAAUAUUUUAUAUACGGUGGAAUUGUUUUUUCUAUAUUAACAAGAAGUUUAUAUGUGUAUACACAAAAUCCAGAAAUUAAUAAAUUAAUGUUAUAUAAUAAUUUUAAAAAAAAAAGUAAAGAUGAAAUAGUUGUAUUAAAAAAUAUAUUACCAACAAAAAUAACAACAGGAUAUUAUUAUACUGAUUCUAUUGUACUUAGAGUAAAUAAUAUAAAAGUAAAAAAUUUAAAACACUUGAUUGAAUUAAUUGAAAUGACAAAAUAUACCAACAGACUUAUGUAUUUAAAAAAUAAUAAACAUACUCUUCAGAGUUAUAUAAAUUAUUAUAAUACAAAGAUAACAUCAUUAAAUAUAAAUACAAUUAUUCAUAUCUUAAUUUUAACAACUUCUGGGCAAAAAGUACCUAUAGUGUUAAAUAAAAGAGAUGUUGAAAAAUAUAAUGAAGAAAUUAAAAAGAUUUAUUCUAUUACACGUGAUAGAUAUGUAUAUUAG